AUGUCGCUCGAAAUACCGUUGAUGAGCACCGAUGAGGUGAUUGAGCUGGAUCCGGACCAGUUGCCGUCAGGAGAUGAAGUACUUAGUAUAUUGCAGCAGGAGCGAUCCCAACUCAAUGUUUGGAUUAAUGUCGCACUUGCUUAUUACAAACAAAAGAAGAUUGAUGAUUUCCUCAAAAUACUUGAGGCAUCCCGCACAGAUGCCAACAUCGAUUACCGGGACUUUGAAAGAGACCAAAUGCGGGCCCUUGACAUGCUGGCUGCAUAUUAUGUGCAGGAGGCUAAUAAAGAAAAGUCUAAGGACAAGAAAAAAGAGUUAUUUACCAAAGCAACACUUCUUUACACAAUGGCUGAUAAAAUUAUCAUGUAUGAUCAAAAUCAUCUACUCGGCCGAGCCUACUUCUGCCUCCUGGAAGGUGACAAAAUGGAACAAGCUGAUGCUCAAUUUAAUUUUGUACUCAACCAGUCCCCUAACAAUGUACCAUCGUUGCUUGGCAAAGCCUGUAUUGCUUUUAAUAGAAAAGAUUACAGAGGUGCUUUGGCCUUCUACAAGAAGGCUCUUAGAACAAACCCAGAUAGCCCAGCAGCUUUACGACUUGGAAUGGGUCAUUGUUUUAUGAAGUUAAAUAAUCAGGAGAAGGCUAGAAUGGCUUUUGAAAGAGCUCUUCAAUUAGACCCUCAGUGCGUUGGAGCUCUAGUUGGUUUAUCUAUCCUCAAGCUAAAUUUGCAAGAAAAUGAGUCCAACAAGAUGGCUGUGAUUAUGUUGUCAAAAGCUUAUGCUAUUGAUCCUAAAAAUCCUAUGGUUUUGAAUCAUUUAGCUAACCAUUUCUUCUUCAAAAAGGACUACAGCAAGGUACAGCAUCUCGCUUUACAUGCAUUCCACAACACUGAAAACGAAGCUAUGCGUGCUGAGAGUUGUCACCACCUUGCAAGAGCGUUUCAUGCCCAAGGAGAUUGUGACCAAGCCUUCCAGUACUAUUAUCAAGCAACACAGUUUGCACCACCCAACUUUGUACUACCACACUAUGGUUUAGGACAAAUGUAUAUAUACAGAGGAGACACAGAGAAUGCAGCCCAAUGCUUUGAAAAAGUUUUAAAAGUUCAACCAGGCAAUUAUGAGACCAUGAAAAUAUUAGGCUCUUUGUAUGCAAACUCACCAUCACAAUCUAAAAGGGACAUUGCUCGACAACAUUUGAAGAAAGUUACAGAGCAAUUUCCAGAUGAUGUUGAAGCUUGGAUAGAGUUGGCUCAAAUAUUGGAGCAAAAUGAUUUGCAGGGGUCAUUAAAUGCUUAUACUACAGCAAUGAAAAUACUAAAUGAGAAAGUAAAUGCAGAUAUACCUGCAGAGAUAUUAAAUAAUGUCGCUGCCUUACAUUACAGGCUAGGCAAUUUGCCGGAAGCUAAAAAUUAUUUGGAAGAAGCUCUAGAAAGAGAAAAAGCAGACGCCGAAUCACUGGACACUCAAUACUAUAACUCGAUUGCUGUUACUACUAUGUACAAUCUGGCCAGACUGAAUGAAGCUCUGUGUAUGUACAACAAAGCGGAAAAGUUGUAUAAGGACAUAUUAAAGGAACACCCUAAUUAUAUUGACUGUUAUUUGAGGCUUGGAUGUAUGGCAAGAGAUAAAGGCCAGAUUUACGAAGCAUCUGACUGGUUCAAAGAAGCUUUGAAGGUUAAUACAGAACAUCCAGAUACAUGGUCACUGUUGGGCAACCUGCAUUUAGCCCAGCAAGAGUGGGGUCCAGGACAAAAGAAAUUCGAGAGAAUAUUGCAGAAUUCAUCUACUUCAAACGAUGCUUAUUCUUUAAUAGCUCUUGGUAAUGUGUGGCUCCAAACUCUUCACCAACCAACUCGCGAAAAAGACAGAGAAAAACGCCAUCAAGAACGUGCAUUAGCCAUGUAUAAACAAGUUCUAAAGAAUGACCCCAAAAAUAUUUGGGCUGCUAAUGGAAUUGGAUGUGUGCUUGCACAUAAAGGUUGUAUUAAUGAAGCCCGCGAUAUAUUCGCUCAAGUACGUGAAGCGACUGCUGAUUUUCCGGACGUUUGGAUGAAUAUUGCACAUAUUUACGUUGAGCAGAAACAAUACAUUAAUGCUAUACAAAUGUACGAGAACUGCGUGCGCAAGUUCCGCAUGCACCACGACGUGGAGUGGCUGACGUGGGUGGCGCGCGCGCAGACGCUGGCGGGGCGCGCCGGCGCCGCACGCGCCUCGCUGCUGCGCGCGCGCCGAGUGGCGCCGCACGACGCCGCGCUCGCCUACAACACCGCGCUCACGCUGCGCCGACGCGCCGCGCUCGUGCUCAAGGACGACAGGUCGGACCUCCGCCUGGUGCUGCGCGCGGUGCACGAGCUGCACGUGUCGCACCGCCACUUCACGCGGCUGGGCGCGCCCGAGGCGAGCGCGGCGGGCGAGGGCGCGGGCGCGGCCGGCGCGCAGGCGGCGGGCGCGGCGGCGGCCGAGGCGCGCACGUGCGCAGACCUGCUGUCGCAGGCGCAGUGGCACGUGGCGCGCGCGCGCCGCCAGCACGACGAGGAGGUCACGCUGCGGGACCGCCAGCGCGAGCAGAGGGAAGCCUUCAGGAAGCAGCAGGAAGAUGAACGCAAACGGCGAGAAGAACAACAACAGAAGAGUACGGUGGAGAUGUUGCAGAAACGACAAGAGUACAAAGAAAAGACGAAGAACGCCCUGUUAUUCGCGGAUAUGCCGGCCGAGAGCAAGUCGAAGGGCGGCCGCGGGAGGAGACGCGACGAGUACGUCUCGGACUCGGGCAGCGGCAGUGACCGACCCCGGCCUGAAGGAGAACCCCGCGAGAAGCAACGCAAACGCAAGCGCGAAGGCGGCGAGGGCAAGAGCAAGGGCAAGUCGCGCAAACGGCGCGAGAAGGAAAACAGGGGCUCCGGCAGUGACAGCGACCCGCCCAAGAAACGGGGCAGAAAGAAGGGUGAAAAAGGAAUUGGUAAACGCGAAAGGGCAAGAGCUGCCAAACAAGCCGAAGAGAAACUUGGUGCUAAACAACGCGCGAAGAUCGUGUCCAAAGAGACUAUAUCGACUUCGGAAUCUGAAUCAGAUAAGGGCUCUAGAAAGUCGCGGAGUCGCAGUCGCAGCGGCAGUGGAAGUCGCAGUGGCAGCGGAAGUCGCAGCCGGAGUCCCCCGGCCAAUAAGGGACGUAAGAGGAUUAUGUCUGCUUCGGAUAGUGAUAGGUCACGAAAAAGCAAGUCAAGGUCACGUAGCAGGUCGGGGUCAGUCAAAAGCCGUUCAAGAUCUAAAAGCAAGUCCCGUUCAAGGAGCCGUUCUAGGUCUAAUAGCCGAGCCAGGUCUAAAAGUCGAUCUAAAUCUAAGAGCAGAUCUCGCUCCAAGAGCCGUUCGCGAUCCAAAAGCGUUUCUAGGUCAAGGUCAAGAUCUAAGAGCAAAUCUCGUUCACCAUCACGCUCCAAAAGCCGUUCAAGAUCACGUUCUAAGUCCAAAAGUGGAUCCCGAAGCAGAUCCGGGUCUCGUGCGUCGAGGUCUCGGUCUAGAUCCGGUUCCAGGUCAAGAUCCGGUUCCAGAAACUCACGACCUGAUACCCCAGUAUCCAGGAAAUCCGUAUCUGCGAGUGAAGAUGAAGCUUAG